CUCCUUCUUCUUAGUGGAAACUUUACUCUCAUCUGGAUCUGCGAAUUAUUACUGAAAGUUUCACUCCUGCAGAAAACAUCUGUGGAUGAGCAGAAAUACUUUGAGACCACUGACGGUGAAGAUGAUCACAUCGUUACUCCGUGUUCACAGGAAACUGUCCAGUUUGAAUCCUGCAGUUGGUGCAGUUUGUGGGGUUCGCUGGAGUAGUGGCCUUAACCGACCCCCCCUGUUGUCAGCCGCUCCCGCUCGCGCCCUCAUGGAUGAACAGAUCAUCAUUAAAGGACGCUUCCUGCCUCCACACUGUCCAGUUACAGUGUGUGCACAGUUGCACAGUGACGACGGAGACCUGUGGCAGUCGUUCGCCCACUACAACACAAACGCCGAUGGAACUGUGAACUUGGCCAGUGAUCAUUCGGUAGGGGGCUCGUAUCUGGGCUGUGAACCGAUGGGACUCUUCUGGGGACUGGAGCCAGCUCCUGGAUCAAGAGAAGGUUUGAGGCUGAGGAAAAAAAAUGUUGAGACACCAUAUGUUGUGCACAUGUCACUACUGGAAGGACAUGUGUCGCAGAGGGAAGAGCAGAGCGUUGAGCUGGCAGUCGCCACGACUGAACGGUGGUACAUGGCACCAGGAGUAAAGAGGAAAGAUAUUCGCCAAAAUGGAGUUGUUGGGACAUUGUUCUUACCGCCUGGUCCAGGCCCAUUUCCAGCCAUGUUGGACAUGUGGGGAAUGGGUGGAGGACUGAUGGAGUACCGCUCUGCUCUGCUCGCGUCCAGGGGAUAUGCUGCUUUUUCCCUCGCCUACUUUGGGCACAAGGACUUACCUGGUCCACAAACCACCAUCAACGUUGGUGAUGCAUAUUUCAAGUCUGCAUUCCAGUUUCUCCAGGAUCACCACCAGAUUUGUGCUAACAGAGUGGGCAUCAUAGGCCUCUCCUUUGGAGUUUACCUGACUCUUCGAAUGGCUGCUCACAUAGGCGUCAAAGCAUCCUGUCUGAUUUGCAUUAAUGGACCAGUCGGUAGCGUCUUGGAUCUGGUUGAUGCAGACGGCAGGUGUACAGCAUUUGAGGAAAGUAGUCAGAAACAUUGGUCAUUUGAUGAGAGAGGCUAUGUCAGUUUCAGAGACAUUUCAUCGCCUGGUAAUUUUAAUCCUGAGAACAAACUCAAGCUGGAGAACAUCAGCUGUCCGCUAAUGUGGGUAGUAGGAGAGGAUGACAUGAGUGCCUCGAGCAUUGAAAACGCAGAUGUGAUGGAGGAGACUCUGAAGGCUUCAGGUAAAGCCCACCUGUUCACCCGUUUGUCGUACCCUGGUGCUGGUCACCUGAUUGAACCGCCCUACUCACCCAACGCAAGGCUGUCCCUGUGGAGCAUCAAACCAGUGAAAUACAUUACCAUAUGGGGAGGUUAUCCUGCACCACACGCCGCUGCACAGGAAGACGCCUGGAGGAAGAUACUGGAUUUUUUAGAUACUAACCUGAGGGGAUUUGGUCAAUCAUAAGAAAGACUGAGGCUCAUUUUGAGAAAGUAGAAAUUAAUUGUUUACAGAUAUCAGCCAAUCAACUCACGUUUAACUCACAUUCACCUUCAGCAAACUUGAUUCUGCACAAGAGGGAGCUGUUGAAUCAGUUUCAGAGCAGUUCUUCACCAGAACACAUCAAAUAAGUAGAAAUAUUCAGAUCUGUGAUUCCACGCUGUGAAAAUACUCAUCCACAAGUAUUAUCUACAAAAUAUGCUUAAUGUAUGAAAAACUAAAUUUAUAAUGUAACUAAAUGCUGCCUGUCACUGUUUUACUUUUAUAUAUGAAUUUUUACUGCUGCAUUAAUGUGUGUUACAUUUUACUGAUGUAAAUGUUGAGCUCAUAUGAAAUACUUUAUAUACUGUUGGGUGGUUUACUCGACAACAGUGCAUUAAGUUUUUAAUAAGAUCAUUGUAUAUUUUAGGUGUUUAUCUUGUGAGAACCCUGUACACUGCAAAAUUGUCACUUUCUCUGAUUUUACCAUUGAUGGGUAUGUGUUUCAUUGUAUGUUGUUGAUUUUUGUUUUAUUCUCUAAACUACCGACAACGUUUCUGCCAAAUUAUAAAU